AUGAGUCGCCAUGAAGGGGUCAGCUGUGAUUCGUGCUUGAAAAGUAACUUCCGUGGAAGGCGAUACAAGUGUCUGAUCUGCUAUGAUUACGAUCUGUGCGCGAGCUGCUAUGAGGAGGGCGCGACCACAACCCGUCACUCGACCGAUCACCCGAUGCAGUGCAUACUAACGCAAUCCGACUUCGAGCUGUACUACGGAGGUGAAGUGCUACCGGCCGACCAGCCACAGUCCUUCACCUGCCCGUACUGCAAGCGCAUGGGGCUGAGCGAUUCGGCACUGCUGGAGCAUGUCAGCGCGGAACACACCGAUACCGGGCUGGAGGUGGUAUGUCCGGUUUGUGCCGCACUGCCCGGUGGCGAGCCCAACUUUGUGACGGAUGAUUUUGCACGGCACCUGAGCCUGGAACAUCGGAGCGGUUCCCGGGAUCUCAUCUCGUUUCUGGAUGAACCGUCUGCGAUCCGCCAUGGAGGUGUUAGACGAAUGCCCCACUCGGGCCGUGCACUUGGUGGCCCACGAUCCAGGCGUUCCAAUAUGCACUUCAGCUCGUCCGGUGGCGGUCUGUCCACGCUGUCCCCGUCGGGCAGAGAGUCGGUUGACCCGAUUGCAGAACUACUGCAGCAGCUGUCCAAUGUUCGCCGUGGAGGCGCACCGCAACCAUCGCAGCUGCAGCAACUACAAAUGCAAAUUCAGCUCGAGCGACAGCAAGUCACCGCCGCUCGUCAACAGUUGGAACGACUACCAAGACGACAGCAGCAACCGGCCGUCGUGUCCUCCGCCCCGAACGCAACCGGUGUCAACAACAAUGCGAUCGGUGCGACACAAGCCAAUCCGAACCAUACAAUCAUCACACUGAACGCCGCCGGUGGACGCGAUGGACCGAUCGCAGCAUCCUCCUCGUUGCCAAUGGUGUCUACCGGUGUCGGGGUUUGCAAUGUACCGGGUUCGGUCGGAAGUGCCUCCGGCGCCGGUUCCAGUGCGCAACAGUCGCAGUUUCUGAUGGCCCGGUUCAUGGUGCCCACCAUGGACGAUGCCGAGCAAACACAGCUGGGACGUGAUAGAGCGGACAGAUCCCAAUUUGUUCAAGCUUUAAUGUUAUCAACCAUCGCAAACGUGCAGCCGUUUAACAAAUGCGCCGACGAGGAGCUGUCUGAUGAGUUGAGUUCAAUGAAUUUAGGCAUUGGUGGUAGUACGUGCAGUACCGUUAACAGUAGUGUAAAAAGGCCAGCAUCGGACGACGGUGCCGAGACGGGUGAGCUGCUGCAGGAUGGUAGUGGCAGCGUUGGUGCUACGGACAGUAACUACGGCAAGGAGGAUGGAAAUUGUGAUAGUUUCAAGCUGGGUGCCGAUUCCGCCAACGGGGGCACGAAUGACGAUACACCGAACAUGAUGCAUCCGUCGUCUCAGCAGCAUCCGUUGGGCCAUCGUGGCGGGCACGGCGGGUCCGGCAAAGCGAAAGGUGGUAGCUCGACCAAGUCGGGCACCGGAGGAGGGGGAGGUGUUGGUGGCCCAGUUGAGCGCAGAGCGUCCCGCCAAACUCCACCGUCUGGUGGUGGUGGCGUUGGCAAUAAUGCGGCCAAAGCCCGCGAACUGAAGCAAGCAAACUCUUCGUCAAACACUUCCACGUCGGUGUCCUCGAGACAGCAGCACCACGUGCCCGACUCUAGGUAGUGUUGUUUGGUUGGUAAAAUGAUAUAAGUUAUUUAGCAAAC